GCACAGAAAAAUUUAUCUUAAAUCAGAAUUACUUUUGUUUUUCAGUCAGCAGAUCAUCUUGUUGCAAUGGAUCCCUUGCUUCAGACGAACUCUAAAAUAACGCGACGUUUUCAAACUAGGUGGAAAAUAAGCUGUUUUUGUACCAAAAAAAUUUCGUCCCCAUAUAUACGUGAAUUUCUUGCAGAAACAAUGGGAACAUUCAUUCUAUUAAUGUUUGGAGUGGGGAGUAUUGCUCAAGUUGUCCUUGGAAAAGGAAAAUUUGGAGGAAUAUUAUCAAUCAACUUCGGCUGGGCAAUUGGUGUAAUGUUUGGGAUCUAUUGGUCUGCUGGUGUUUCAGGUGGUCAUUUGAAUCCUGCUGUUACACUAGCAAUGGCCGUUACUAAACGAUUACCUUGGAAAAAGUUGCCUGUGUAUUGGAUUGCCCAAAGUCUUGGAGCUUUUAUUGCCUCGGCAGUUAUUUACGGAGUUUACUACGAUAUGCUAAACGAAUAUGACGGAGGGGUUAGAAAAGUCGAUACGGCGUGGAUAUGGACAACUCGUCCUUCUUCUGGUGUCUCAACCGUAACUACGUUUGUCGACCAGUUUGUUAGUAGUGGACUUCUUGUCGGUAUUAUAUUUGCUUUGACAGAUAAACGUAACAACGCACCAAGCCCUCGAGUGUUGCCAUUGUGUGUUGGAAUAGUUGUACUUGGUAUUGGUAUUUCGUUUGGUCUUAAUUGCGGAUAUGGUAUUAACCCAGCUCGUAAUCUUAUUCCAAGACUUUUUACAUCAAUUGCAGGGUGGAAAUCAGCACCACUAAGCUACCAAAAUUAUUAUUUUUGGGCGCCUAUCUUGGCUCAACUAGUUGGAGGUGUUUCAGGCGCCCUUUUGUAUAUUGUAACUAUUGAAAUGCAUCACAACAGUAAAAAAGAGGGGCAAGUUAUUUUAAAAGAACAAAAGAAUAGGCUAACUGAACAACCGGUUUAAAGAUUUAUGACAAUUGACAAAAAAUAUAUUUUCUUGAAAGAUUCCCUGUUCUUUUUUUUAGUUGUUAGUAUUUUGUAAUUUUUAUUUUAUAUCUUUUCAACUAUAUUUGAAAAAACCUGUAAAUUUUGUUUAUAAUCUUUUUUUAUUAUAAUCACGUUAACAUCAUGUUUAGCAAAUUUGAUGCUACAGUGUAUGCAGUUUGUAAAAGCACUUGUAAUAUACUAUAUUCAUUUUUUAA